GAGUCAAAGAGAGAGUACAUAGUGCGUAGCGUAUGAUAAUUUGUACGUUGCCUUGCUGAAAAUGACUUCCUAUUAUUACUCAACCUACCCUAUCUCGUCCUGUUCUUCUCGUGAUCCGAGAUUCCGGCUACCACAUCCCCGUUUUACAGCCAAACAUUUCAGUCUUGCUUCUUUUACCAAUCCAAUUUCAUCUUCUACUACUGUAACUGCUCGAUUUAGCUUCGGUUGGAAGUUGAAUCUUUUUGGGGGUCGUCGGAGAAUAAGGUCAGCGAUGGCUGCUGGACCAAUGUUCUUCCCGGAGAAUCCCCUUGUCGGAGAUAUUUGCGCCACGGCUUUUUCUGGCUGCUUUGCACUCUCCAUACUUCGAAUUUAUGAAGAAACUGCCAGGAGAGGGAUUUUUGACCAGAAACUAAAUAGGAAGCUUGUACAUACCACAAUUGGGCUGGCAUUCAUGUUAUGCUGGCCUCUCUUCAGUUCAGGCCAUCGAGGAGCAGUUUUAGCAGCUCUUAUUCCUGGUGUCAACAUUGUAAAAGUGCUUCUCAUAGGACUUGGGAUAUGGAAAGAUGAGGCAGCUGUGAAAUCUAUGAGCAGAUAUGGAGACCACAGAGAACUUAUCAAGGGACCAUUGUACUAUGCUUCCACCAUCGCUUUGUCUUCUGUAAUUUACUGGAGAACGUCCCCAAUUGGAAUCGCUGCAAUUUGCAAUCUUUGUGCCGGAGAUGGUAUGGCUGACAUUGUUGGAAGGCAAUUUGGAAAGAAGAAGAUCCCAUAUAACAAAGACAAAUCUUUUGCAGGCAGCAUUGCCAUGGCAGCUGCCGGUUUCAUUGCAUCUGUCGGGUACAUGCAUUAUUUCUCCAUGUUUGGCUUCGUUGAAGAAAGUUGGCAAACGAUCUUUGGCUUCCUGGUCGUUUCUAUUGCUAGUGCAUUGGUCGAAUCUCACCCCUUAAGCACGAAAUUUGACGACAAUCUCACGGUGCCGCUCGCAUCUCUUUUGGUCGGAAUGUUAGUUUUUUGAUCCCACAGCGUAUGUUUGAUUUCCUAUGUACAAUUUCUUAUGUACUUGUAUCAUGUUUAAUCAACACUCUUCCGGCAUUAGUCGUGUUGUAUUGAUAAUAGACCUCCCUGCCUUCAAGUUUUCGUUCUCC